UUGGAAGAGAAAAAGUCGGGAGAUAAAAUUGAUACGACGCCGACUUUACCCCUCUCUUCAUUCUCCAUAGACCAUUAGCCCUUUUGCUCCCACCGCCGCCAACGCUACUUCCUCCUACGUCGCCCGCAACGCCGCCACGGCCGCGGCUACUGCUUGGGUACGUUGCGUAUUUCAGUCACAAUGGUGGAUCCAUGGUGGCCUCUGUUAGGUGCAGCAAUACCAGCCUUAAUUGCAGGGCAAGCUUUGAGGAUGAACAAGAAGAGGGCUGAAGAGCAAAGGUUAAGGAGUGCUGGAGGCCGUGAAAAAAGCGCUGAUGAAAAUUUUGUUUGUGAAAGGGUAUGCACUUCAAAACGGAUGUUAAAAAAGGUUGGUGCUUUAUCUAAAGACCCAACUGUUGAUUCUUGUGUCACUGUUUGUGGUGUUUCUGAGCUUGAUGCUUGUGCUGAUGCUUGUGCAAGAACUGUUUGUGUUAAUCAACAUCAAGUACCCAAUUGGAAUGAUGUCUGUUUAAGGAGGUGCCAAAAUGAGUGCCUUAGGCUGUCUAAUUCCUCUGUUACUCCUUGAAGAAUUUCAUGUAAUUGUAAUUUAUUUGACAUCUUAUUUGCAAUAAAUUUGUGUUUUUCUA